AGGUCCACAGCAGACAGGGACCAGUGGUAAUACAAUGACAUGCUCCCUUUGUGCUCAGGAAGUGCUCUCUGACCAGUUUACACAGCAUCUGUCAGACUUCCAUGUCCAGGAGGAGUGUGAGCACUGUGGCACAAAGGCCAUGGGUGCUGUCAGGUUAUCAGAGCACCUUGAGAAGUGUCAUGUCUUAACCUCACCUUCAGCCCAUCCCUCCACUACCCCAGCCCAAGAGAUGACACAGACACCAAUCGUCUCUCCCCGAGAUGCUCCAGCUACAGUCUGCCUCACAGCCCAGGAGACGACACCAACCAUCUGUCUCCAAGUUGCUCCUGCUCCUACCCCUCCAACCCUAUCUGAGAUGGCACCAGCGACUCAGAGUGGCACACCACUUCCAUCUUCUCCUGCUUCUGCUCCUCCUCCAGCAGCACCAGGACUACCAGUCCCUCUGCGCUUUCCAGAGGUAAGCCGGGCCAGGUUUUUACCAAAGCCAUUCCUCCGGGUCAUCAAGCCAGGUGAUUUGGAGUGGAUUGCCCACAUUCUCUAUGACGCAAGAGGGCAGCUGAAACAGAAUGUCAGGGAAAAUUGGCACCACCCCCCAAGCCCAAUCAGAUCUGUGGCACCUCCAAACCCACAUGAUUACUUUCGUCAGAGGAUGUUCCUGUGGGCACCAAUGCGCAUGUGGGGCAUACCUUUGAAAUGUAAUCAGUGCAACCGAAAGAUGCACCACUCUGGCAUUUACACCAAGGUCAGAGAGGUCAUUGAUGUGGACAGCAAGUACUAUUUAAUAGGGGGAGAUUACCCAAGGUGCAGCCAGUGCAAACUACCUGUCUGUCCUUGGAGUAGUGAUAUUUUAAAGCAACUGGACCCCUCUAACCGCAACAAAUUCCCUGCUGUGUUGACUACACAUUUGGCACUGGACAGAAAAUGUGUGACACUUUUGCGUCCUAGAACAGCAGGGAAUAGCUCCAGUUACCUGCAGCAGGCCUUUCAAGAGGCACACAGUGAGGAGUGGGCCAGGAGAUCCUGUGACUAUUUCACAGAUUGUGAAAUUCACAAAAGAUCCUGCCUGAAGCAGUCCCAGGCUGUUUAUUCCCCGCCACCACCCUUCAUUCCCUUGCCCCUGGCCCAGUGGUUUGAGACAGUGCAUGCCAACGAUGUUGUCGGCCACCUUGAUGAACUCAAAGGUGUCAUUACUUCAACGUUUGGCAGAAUUCUGAAGCUCGAUUCCACUAAGAAGGUGACCAAAAAACUGGCUGGUGGUAUUGAGAACACGGCAACAUGGAUGACCAAUGUUGGGAACGAGUAUGGUCAGGUCCUCAACUCUGUCCUCACAACCGGCGAGGGGGCUGGACUGGAUGACCUGUGCCAAGGGAUCGUCCAACGGUACAGGGAUGCUGGUGAGCCACAGCCAGCCGCCAUCUAUGUGGAUAGAGACUGUUGCAGUGACAGAGGGGUGAGCCCAGUUCUCCAUUGGUUUCGGCCAUGGACGUCCACUGUGCGGUUGGAUGUGUUCCACUUUAUGAGGCGAUUCACCAAAGGUCUCAUCACGGAACACCAUCCACUCUAUGGUACGUUCUGCUCCAAAUUGUCGAGCUGCAUUUUUGAGUGGGAUUACCAGGACAUCAGUAAUCUGAAGGAGGCGAAGCGGUCAGAGCUGAGGCAAAAGCAUCAGGGCUAUGAGCCAACAGAUGCCCAGGUGUUGGCGAGCAUCAGCCCUAAAGAACUAGCCAAGCACUGCCGCAGGAAAACCCGGGGAGUGGAGGAGACCCGUGCCCUCAUCAAAAGUCUCCUUGACUCCAUGUGGAACCUUGUGGACGGCACUGGGCUACACCUUAUUAACCACGAGCGCAUGUCUGAAGUGUGGAAGGUACAGCAAAAACACCUUGCCUGCAUCCAGGAUCCACCAGGAGUGCAGCUUUAUACUAACAUUGGGUCAGGGCUGGAGAAAGGAGACAAGACACUGGAUGUUCUAAGAUGCGCCAGAGGGUCCUCCUCUUUGGAAAGCUUUCAUAAGCACCAGUGUGCUUUCAUUCCAGGGUGGAGAUGCAAUGCAUUGCACACUCAGAUGUACAUGCUUGAGGGUGUGUCAAGGUGGAAUUUAAACCGGUCAGCACAAGCACUUUCAAUGACUGAGACAUCCAGGACAAAGCUGUAUGACAUUCGUUUGAUGUCCAAUGUAAAUGCGCUCAGCAACAAAGUCUUGGGAAAACCUCUUCUUCCAGAGUUUAUCCCCCCUGGGAAACCUACAGGUAAGAAAAGUCUGCUGUUGAUGAUCAGACCUAUACUAGGAGAUCUUCUGAGCCAGCAGACUGGUAAUGCUGACAUCCUGCCUGAGAUCUUGGAUGAAGACCUUGAGGAUGAAUGUCCUGAUGUGACCGUACCACAGGCUCAUGACCUCACAUUGCAGACUGAAGAGCGUUAA